AUGGCCUACUUGCUCCAUGCUCGACUGUUUCUGCUGACCACCUUCAUGCUAGUUCUGAAACUGUGCACUUACCCUGUGCUAGGUCACAUUCUGGGCGGCAUAAAGAAAUCUAGUAUGGAAGACGAAGGGACCAGAGAAUCACUGAACUUUGCUGUCAGCCAGUACAAUGAAAACAACAGUGACUUGUACCUGAGCCGUGUGUUGGAAGUGAAGAAUGUCCAAAAGCAGGUGGUGGCUGGAACCAAAUUUUUAUUUGAUGUGAUCCUAGUCAAAAAAACCUGUUUGAAGACCCAGGCUGACUUGACCAACUGUCCUGGAAAGGACCAGUCUGGUCAGCAGGAGCAUGAAUUCUGCUCUUUCGAGGUAUAUGACACCCCCUGGGAGAAUGAUAUGGCCUUGAUAAGCUCCAGCUGUCACAAUAUAUAA